AAAGCGAUUGUGUUUUGCACAUCCUAAUUAAAGUUGGCCUAGUUGAACUUGUUUAUGGUAUAUGAUUUACGGCGGAGUAUAUCCAGGUUUUAAAUAAAGAUUUAAGUAUGGAUAUUGUUGGAGGAACAUAUAAGGUAAAUGAAGGUUUUGACUGGUCCAAAGAUUGCCAGAAUGGAUCGACUAUAGGUGGAAAUAAUGUCGCCAAGCAGGAAAGGGAAGCCGAUGUCGAACACGUGCUGACUGGGGUUUCUGGGACAUUUGAAGAUUCAAUCGAGAAAGAUGUAGAAGAUUUAUCCGACACAGCGUUGAUUUACAAUGUUAGCGAUUCCCCACCUAUACAUUUGUCAAUCAUUUUCGGAUUCCAGCAAGCACUUCUUUCACUGUCAGGGAACCUUACAGUAUCUUUGUUGAUAGCAGAAGUAAUUUGUGCCGAAACUGACGAAGAAAUAAAAGCGAAAUUACUUGGAACUACUUUGUUCAUGAGCGGCGUAACAACGCUAUUGAUGACAUUUGUUGGCACACGACUUCCGCUUUUUCAAGGAGCAGCAGGCGAUUACGUCAUACCGCUUCUAGUUAUGGUAGCCAUUGACAAAGACCGUUGUGACCUUGACCCGGAACUUGUUACAAGAUCACAAGAAGAGGCCCUGCUGGCAAACGAGACAAUAGACAUGAUAGCUAUCAAAAGACCUAUUGUGAUGACGAAUAUUCAAUCACUUCAGGGAAGUUUGAUCCUGGCUGGGUUGAUUCAUUGUCUGAUUGGUUCGACGGGUCUAGUUGGUAUACUGUUACGGUUUAUCGGUCCAGUUACCAUAGUUCCUGCCAUAUUGUUGAUUGGAAUUUAUAUCGUUAGAGCGACGGUCACAUUUGCAAAGGUUCAAUGGGGAAUAUCAUUUAUGACAUGCGCGAUUUCUUUAAUUUUGGCACUAUACAUGUCUAAACUGAAGCUUCCGUUUCCGGUAUGGACAAGAAAACAUGGCUGUUACAUUACUAGGUAUCCUUUUCAUCAAAUGUUUGCGAUUCUUAUUGCAAUUCUGAUUGGUUGGGCAGUUUGUGGGAUAUUAACUGUAACUGACGUAAUAGCAGACGACAAAAAUUCCACUUCCUAUUACACCCGAACGGACGCCAGAAGUCACAUUCUCACCACAGCUAAAUGGUUCUAUUUUCCUUACCCAGGGCAGUUUGGACCAAUCGACUUCAGCGUGAGUGUUUUCCUUGGAUUCAUGAUAGCGACCUUCACCUCUAUUCUUGAUUCCAUUGGUGAUUACUACGCAUGCGCAUCAAUGUGUCGCGUGCCACCGCCGCCAUCACAUGCGGUCAACAGAGGUAUCGCCAUCGAAGGCUUUUGCUCGGCUAUAGCGGGUUUAUUAGGUUGUGGACAUGCGACCACGACCUACGGAGGGAACAUCGGAGCUAUUGGGGUUACGAGGGUUUCAAGUCGCCAUGUGUUUUUUGUGACUGGUAUGAUAUAUGUAAUAUUUGGCAUCAUUGGCAAAAUAUCUGCAGUGUUUAUCUGUAUACCGUAUCCUGUCUUAGGUGGUGCCUUAAUUACCAUGUUUGGCAUGUUCACUGGUGUCGUAUUAUCCAAUUUAAAAGUUAUUGACCUAAGUUCGAGUCGAAAUCUAGCAAUAAUUGGAACUGCUAUAUUUGCCGGGUUGAUGGUGCCUUACUGGAUAGAGACGUUCCCGAAAGAGUUACAGACAGGAAAUGCAAAGGCAGACGAAAUUUUCAAAAUUCUUCUUGGCAAUCCAAACAUGUUUGGUGGCGUUCUUGCCUGUAUUCUAGAUAAUACAGUCCCAGGUACUAUCGAAGAGCGGGGGAUAGCAACGUGGCAGAAUGUAGAUGAUCCGGAAAAUACCACAUAUGUCGAGGGUCCAGAGAUUUAUACCCCGCCAUUGACCGCCCGGAUGAGAAAAUCUAAGAUAUUAAGAUUUAUACCAUUUUUACCAGAUCCCACAACUUGAAUUCUAUUGUAUAUGUUUACAAAAAAAAUACAACUAACCGUUAUCAAAUGUUUGUAUAUUUUGUGACAGUGGUUGUUUGUUUGUUGGAAGUUACUGUAUGGAGGAUGGUUUGACAAAAUCGUUAAUUUAGAGGUUUCUAACCUCAAGUGCUCAUGCUGAGUUACUUUCCCUAGUGUAAUAUACAUUGUUUCCUUCCUCGUCAGUCACUUCCGGUGAUGGUUAUGAGACGAUCAGCCUUACAUUUUCAUAUAACGUAUAUGUACCAAUGCUGCAAGACAAUGUUUGCUUAAUACAAGAUAUUGUACUCACCUAUUCGGACUUUGUAGAAAAUUUCAUUACAAUACCAUUUUGUACCGUCUUUAUUUAAUUUUAUAGAAAUUUAUUAUUUGAAGAUUUUAGAGUGUUAUAGAAAGGUCACUAGUAACGUAUACAGAACACUGUAUUUCUGCAUCAGCAGAAACUUUCAUUGACGUAUGACCAAACAAUGAGCUCAUUUUUCCGUUCAAAUCAGGACUGUUAACAUUCAGAAGUUUAUUCUAACAUAAUCAUCGGAGAUGUUGAAUUGCCAAAAGAAUUUGCAUUGAUGCCUGUUAUGACUUGGAAUGUUUUUUACAUAUAAAAUAGUUACUAGUAAAUGUGUUUCAAAACUUGAUAUUAACAUACAAAUCGAUUCAAUAAAUGAGCCGCGUCACGAC